CUGGCCAUCGAUGACGUCUGCCAGAUCCCGCCCAAUCCAACCAUCUCCCCGCUGUCAAUCGAUAAGAGCUCCAACUCCAACUACGCGACAGGCCCCGGCAUCUGCAACCGCUGCUGCAUAUCCAAGGUCGCGAAUAGCACGACCAACCGCCAGCUGACCACCACCGAUCCCUCCGCAGCCCACCGGGGUAGAGAGCUCCACCGCGCAAUCCACCACGCGAGCUCUGCUGAGCUUCGGCCUGUAGCAGACGUCGAAGCUGCUCCUGCUGUCUCUCCUGCGGCUGCCACGGCGGCUGUUCCAGAUCCAGGCGCUGCUGUCCAUAAGAAGCCACGCAUCUUCCGAGCCGCCUUUGCAAAGAGGCUCCCUUUCACGAUGGUUCUGCCUAACGACACUCCUCCCACAAACGAUCCAGGCGCCAAACCUGGAGACCCUUCAAAUAACCCCUCCACGUCUUCUUUCCCCUCCUCCCCGCCAAACGCCAUCCCUCCGCGCAGAUCUUCCACCAGCCACUCAUCCUCUUCCUCCUCGGCCGCCGCCGCCGCCGCAGCAGCAGCAAUAGCAUCUACCGUUCCGGCCCAAGCGACGGCGUCAACGACGACCUCCUCCAAAGCUCCCCUCCGCACCGUACCCGAAACCGACUGGCUCUCCCUCGCCGCCUCUAUCGACUCCCGCACCCACAAACACUCGCACUCUUCCUCCUCCCACCGCCGCCGCCCUUCCGGCGCCACGACCACGUCCUUCACCCUCACAAUGCAGCCUCCUCCCCCUCCCGACCCGGCGCGCUACGCCACGGCUGAUCUCAACUUCACUCGCAAGGCCUGGCCUGAGGAGAAGAACAAGGUUAUCACGGGUCCCUUCGACUACCUCUUCUCCCACCCUGGCAAGGACUUCCGCGCCCUGCUCAUCCAGUCUUUCAACACCUUCCUCGAUGUCCCCCAGUCCAGUCUCGACACCAUUACGAACGUCGUUGGCAUGCUCCACACGGCCUCCCUGCUCAUCGACGACGUUGAGGAUUCCUCAUCCCUGCGCCGCGGCCUCCCUGUUGCUCACAACAUCUUCGGCGUCGCCCAGACCAUCAACUCUGCCAACUACAUCUACUUCUGCGCUCUUCAGGAGGUCCAGAAGCUCAAAAGCUCAAAAGCAAUUUCCAUCUUCGCUGAGGAGCUCGUCCACCUCCACCGCGGCCAGGGCAUGGACCUCUUCUGGCGCGACACCCUCACCUGUCCCACGGAGGAGGACUACCUCGAGAUGGUCGGCAACAAGACGGGCGGUCUCUUCCGCCUCGGUAUCAAGCUCAUGCAGGCCGAGUCCCGCAGCCUGACGGACUGUGUCGACCUCGUCAACAUCAUGGGCCUCAUCUUCCAGAUUCGGGAUGACUACAUGAACCUGUCCUCGAAGGAGUACUCGGACAAUAAGGGCAUGUGUGAGGACCUGACCGAGGGCAAGUUCAGCUUCCCUAUCAUCCACAGCAUCCGCUCAGACCCGUCCAACCUGACCCUCAUCAACAUUCUGGGUCAGAAGACGAACGACGUCGAGGUCAAGCGCUUUGCUGUUGCGCGCAUGGAGAGCACCGGGAGCUUCGAGUACACCAAGCAGGUCGUCGGCGUCCUCAUCGAGCGUGGACGGAAGCUGGCGGAGGACAUCGACGAGGGACGGGGCCUGAACAAGGGUGUGCACAUGAUUUUGGACAAGAUGGUAAUCUGA